AUCUACGGUCCUACUAUCACUUGUUCCCACAGGGAUGGAACACCAGACCAUCAAAAAGUUCUGAUUUCCAAUUGUGCUACAAUAGCGGGCAGCGGCGACCACCAAAAUUAAUCCAAAAAAAAAAAAAAGAACAAGCAAAAACUAUCUCCUUCCAUUUCCAUUAACUACUCCUCUCUCUCUCUCUCUCUCUCUUGUGAUCUCGCUAGCGCUGCCACCAUGAGCAAGGGACCGGGACUCUUCUCCGAUAUCGGCAAGAAAGCUAAAGAUCUAUUGACAAAGGACUACAGCUCCGAUCAGAAGUUCAGCGUCUGCACUUAUAGCGAUGCCGGAGUGGUCCUGACAUCAACAGCUGCAAAAAAAGGAGGGCUCUCAACUGGUGAUGUUGCCGCACUGUACAAAUACAAGAACACUUUAUUUGAUGUUAAAAUUGAUACAGAAUCCAACAUCUCAACAACCCUCACAAUCACUGAGAUUCUUCCGUCCACUAAGACUAUUGCCUCAUUCAAAUUUCCUGACUAUAAUACUGGCAAGCUGGAAGUUCAAUAUUUCCAUGAUCAUGCAACCUUCAGCACAGCCCUUGCUUUGAACAAAUCUCCUGCAGUUGAUGUUUCAGCCACCAUUGGUACCCCAACAAUUGCUUUUGGUGCAGAAGCAGGCUAUGAUACUACUUCUGGUAAUUUUAUGAAGUACACUGCUGGCAUUAGUGUGACCAAACCAGAUUCCUAUGCGUCAAUAAUUUUGGGUGACAAGGGAGACAGUAUCAAAGCAUCAUAUGUUCAUCACCUGGAUCAGUCAAAGAAGAGUGCUGCUGUGGCAGAGAUUUCUAGAAGGUUUUCCACAAAUGAGAACACUUUCACAGUUGGAGGCUUAUAUUCUGUCGAUCACCUGACAGUGGUGAAAGCAAAGCUCAACAACUAUGGGAAACUUGGGGCAUUGCUGCAGCAUGAGGUCAUUCCAAAGUCGUUGCUGACAAUUUCUGGUGAGUUUGAUACCAAGGCCUUGGACAAAAAUGCGAAGUUUGGGUUGGCCAUUGCUGUCAAGCCUUGAUGGACGUCUGCCACAUAUUAAACCAUUGUUUGAAUUAACACUCAAAUGAUUUUUUUCCCCCUGGCUGACACUUGAAAGGGAGUGUCAAUAAGUAGUUCCGCAGAAGCAUGUUUGUAGGAUUGCGAUGACUGUGGAUGGAUUUCUUUAAUGCUAGGCUUUACCGUGGUCUUCUUUUUCUUCCUUUUUUCCCCCUUGGUUUCCUUCAUUGGGUUCAUGUUCCUGUUUGCAUAUUUAAAUCUUCCAAUUUGAGAUUAAAGCUCAAGGCCUAGUUAUUGUUAUUAUAAACACAAGUGUAAACCUUUAGUCUAUUCAUUUUAAGGUUUUAUUUGAAAUAAA